GUUUUACUGUUUAUGAAAAUAGUGGUGACUUUUAAAUCAUUUAUUUGAAGCAUUGAUUGAAAUCUGUUUAAUUGAUUGCUUAUAAUUGUCUCAAACAAUGGCUCAAGUAUUCAAAUGCGGAUCAAUUGCUAACAUUAUAAACGCCAAUAAGAGUGAAGAUAAGACUCUUAAGGCAUCGAAGGAUAAGAAGAAAAAGAAGUCAAUGAAAAAAUUCAAUGAAAUAAUUGAAGAAAAUAACAAUAAAUUGAUUGAAAUCAACAAAAUUGAGGCAAAAGAUGAAGAAUCGGUCGAAUCUGAGGACGAAUUUGAGACUAAAAGCGGAGAAACAAAGAAACAAAAGGUUUUGAGAGAAAGGGAUGAAAGAAAUGAAGAGAAGAACGAGAGGACAGUAUUUGUGGGAAAUUUGCCCCAAAAUAUCACAAUUAAAUAUUUGAAGAAAUUGUUCAAAAGUUGUGGCGAAAUACAGAGCAUUCGUCUUCGAGGAGCGGUUCCUGAAGAACAGAAAAUGUCCAAAAAAGUUGCGGUCAUUACUAAAAGUUUCAACUCAUCAAAGGAUAACAUUAACGCAUAUGUUGUCUACAAAUCAACGGACGAUAUGUUGAAAGCCAUUAAAUUGAAUGGCACUGAAAUAGACGGACAUCACAUCCGAGUGGACAAAGCUGUGAAAGAUGUGUCUCACGACAGUUCGCGGUCUAUAUUUGUGGGAAAUCUUCCGUUU